AACUGUGAGGUGAACAUUGAUGAUUGUCCGAAUCACCGCUGUCAGAAUGGAGCCACAUGCAUGGAUGGAGUGAACACUUACAACUGCCAGUGCCCACCUGAAUGGACUGGUCAGUUUUGCACUGAUGACGUGGAUGAAUGCAGUCUGCAGCCAAACCCCUGUCAGAAUGGAGGCAUGUGUAGAAACACACUCAGUGGCUACAACUGCGUGUGUUUGAACGGCUGGGCCGGCCCUGACUGCUCUGAAAACAUUGAUGACUGCGCAGUUAAGGCCUGUGCUGCCGGCUCCACUUGCAAAGACCGCGUGGCUUCCUUCAUUUGUAGCUGCCCUCCUGGCAAAACUGGUUUGCUGUGUCAAAUUGAUGAUGCCUGCACCAGUAACCCAUGCAAGAUGGGAGCUCAAUGUUACACGAACCCCGUCAAUGGCAAGUUCAACUGUAACUGCCCCUCAGGGUACAAGGGCAGCACCUGUGCAGAGGAUAUCGACGAGUGUGUGAUCGGACCAAACCCAUGUGAGCACGGUGGUUUGUGUAAGAACACAGUGGGUUCAUUCACCUGUAACUGCACUCCAGGUUACACAGGUCCACGCUGUGAGCAGAACAUCAACGAAUGUGGCUCUAACCCCUGCCAAAAUCACGCCACCUGCUUGGACCUUAAAGGAGAUUACAUUUGCUUCUGUAUGGCAGGUACUUAGAUGCGCGCUCACACACACUGUAAUAAGGUACAAGAUAUAGAAGCAGAUUGGUCUCAGUAAUCAUUUAUGCAUUUAUGUGUGUGGGACCACCAUUACUCAUUUGUUUGACUUUUAGCAUUUAGUAUGCAAAAAAAUGUCUUCCUUUAAAUUCUAACAUGUCCCUGAAAUGUACUUUUAAUUUAUUUGUGUACUGUAAGUGUAUAACACACCCAGACAAUCCACAUUAAAUUGGAGUGAAUUCCCUAUAAUUAGUCUCUAAAAAAAUCUAAACGAGCAUGAUUUAUAUGCAUAACCAUGUGUUUCUAAAUUGUAAUCUUAGGUUUGAAGAUUUGCAGUUUUCACAGUGUUUGUGUAAAGGUAAUUCUUCUGCACUCCACUGCUUCACUAGCAUUUUCAGAAAGUUACUGAAAUGGAGGGAACAUCACAGCAACUUUAAUAAAACUAUUAAUAGUUUUAAGUGUGUGGAAAAAAUUUAAAUUGGGAGGGGAAUGAAAUGGCAUAAUAAGGUCAAAGUGGAGGGCUACAUUUUAUUAUAUAUUUUUUUUAAUGUAGGUGUAAUGAUUUCUAUGUACUGGAGUUUACUGAAUAACAUAUAUAAGCCAUAAAAGGAUGUGUGAAAACAUGGAAAAAUAUAUGACUGAUUUACAAAAUAAUAA